AUGGCUUGGUUGAACUUCUUGGCUCUUGAUCUUGUUAGAGGACCCGCCGGGACGAUCAAUGCUUCCUCCGGUACAAGCUGUUGUUCGUGUGGUUCAACUGCUAUCAACCUUGAGUCAGAUUUACCAACUUGGUCUUCACAACAUUCUGCUGGUACUGGUAUAUCUCAAGAUGCACCAGUGGUAAGCAAAAGGAGAAAGAAAUGGAAUCCUCAAGAUGAUAAAGUUCUAAUAAGUGCAUGGCUCAACACACCUAAAGAUUGUAUAAUUGGGAAUCAGCAGAAGGGUGGUAGUUUUUGGCAGAGGGUAGGAGAGUAUUAUGCAAACUCUCCUACUUCCACAGAGAGUGGAGAACUAGGGCUCAAUGUGAGUUGUAAACAAAGGUGGCACAAGAUAAACGAGUACACAAACAAGUUUUGUGGAUGUUAUGCAACAGCUGAGAGGCAGAAUAGCAGUGGCCAUUCUGAUACUGACGUGCUUAAGGUGGCGCAUGAAAUUUAUUAUUCUAUUUACAAGACAAGGUACACGAUGGAACAUUGCUGGUGCUUGUUGAGGUUUGAGCAGAAAUUUCUCAAUCUCAACACUAUGAAUUCCCCUACACCAACAGGCAGAAGCAAGAGGAAACCUCAAGAAGAAGAGAGCUCACAAACAGCAGACAGCAAUGUCCCAGAACCUGAGGUUAGACCUGAAGGAGUGAAGGCUGCUAAGGCAAGGCUGUGA